AUGAAAACUAUUUAGUCAUUGUCAUAAAUAAUGAUAUUUGCAAAAGAAUUAGAAAAAACUUCUAUUCUUUACUCUGUUUGUUUUGGUUUGAAGAUUACUUUGAUGAGUGAUACAUAUUUGGAAUUACAGGAUUCAAGGAAAUUUAAAAUUUGUUUUUAUCGAGUCAAUAAGUUUAAUUUUGUAUAAUUAUUAGUUUUGCCUAACAAACUAAAGGAUAUAGUCCAAUAUUAUCUUUUAAGGUAUCUGAGUUUGAUGAAACUCUAAAAAAAUUAAUUCAUUAUGGAGCUCAAUAAGAACAGAAUAUAUUAGAAUAAAAUAAUUAAAAAGUAAUUAUUAAUAAAAUUAAUUGAUAGCUUUUUUGUAAGGAAUAAAUGGUGAAAUGAUAAGUUUAAUUUCUACUCAUCAUACUGACUCUAGUGAUGAAGAUGAAGAAUAAGGGCAAUAAUCUGAAUUAGAAAUAGAAAUACAAUAAAUGUUAAAAAAAAUUAAGUUAUGAUGAAAAAAUUGUUAAAGAAUUAGUUUUACAUAAUAAAAG